UAAUAUGCUACUUAAAACAAGCAACAAAGAGACAUUAGAAAAGAUAGAGCAAGUUCCACUGCGUGACACCGAAACUAAGGUUUGGAUUAAGUUAAUGGACAUGUCUUUUAAUUGUAGUUUUGCAUAUAAGGUGCCCCAUAGGUUCAUCUCUUCAUCCAACCCAAAGUCCCAGACAAGCUCUAUUUCUCCUCUUCAUUUUGUUUCUCUACAGAUGGCUAUAUCAAGCAAAAUCACUUACCACUCUCGCUCCAUAAGCUUUCCCACUAGAUCUAAUGCCCUCACUCUUACAGUCGAGGAACAGUUGUGUCGAUUGAGGUCUUCGGAACUAGCCACCUCAUCCUCAAGAUCCAUUUCCCAGAGUUUAACUGGUCUGAAAAUUUUGUAUGAAUCUGUUGAUGAUUUCUUGCAUUUGCAACCCAUCCAACAAGAAAGUUGCUUCGACUCUGUCCUGGAUAGAUUUCUCUUGUUGUUGGAUGCUUGUGGUAGUACAAGGGAUGUUUUGUCUCAAAUGAAGCGAUGUGUGCAGGAUCUUCAAUCAUCCAUCCGUAGAAAAAGGUGCGGAGAGCUUGGUCUUGCAGUUGAACUAAAAGAGUAUAUGUCCUCUAGGAAAAAGGUUACUAAGAUGAUAAGAAAAUGCCUUGGAGGUCUGAAAAAGAUGCAAUACAAGAACUCUGAUAAAGUAGCUAUUGUGAAUAUGCUAAGAGAAGUUGAAGUAACCACUCUUUCAGUUUUUGAAUCAAUAGUGUCCUUUUUAUCUGGAUCAAAGACACAAAGGCAAAGUAGUUGGUUGUUGAUCUCUAAAUUGGUUCAUAAUACACGAGUAACAUGUGAAGAGAAUGGAAAGGAGAUUAAUGAUUUUGUGGAGGUUGAAGUGGCAUUGAACACCUUUAUUGGUAAAAAGCAACACAAAGCAAUUGUUAAUGCCAAAAGUGUCCAAAAGCCAUUAGAGACACUCGAGAUAAGCAUUCAGAAUUUCGAGGAGGGAUUAGAAGGUGUCUUUAGGGGUUUGAUUAAAACCAGGGUGUCACUUCUUAAUAUCCUAUACUAAUAUUAAAUGUCCCACCACCUGUUGGUACAAUGGUACCCGCCUUUUUGUCAAGUAAAUACCU